GAUAUGUUUGGAGGAAAUGAGGCUAAAUACGUGAUAACAAAUGAGAGUGCUUUACAGACGCAUACUUACCAGUACUUGCACAGAGGUGCAUUCCCAUUAGCUUGCAUAAGCAGCAGUAAUUUUAUCUGCAUAGAAAUUUUAAACUUUGUGAUUCUUAGCAUUAAAUUCGCACCAUAAUGAUGACCUUUUGUUUUGAAAUACCCUGGAGCCUUAAAGGUGAGUUAAUCACAUUCAUACUCAAAACUCCAACGUCAAGAAUUCAGUGUAAUUUCAUUAGUUUCUUACAAAGACAUAACAAGUCAAGACUGAACUGACAGGAGCUGGAUGAUAUUUUCCUGCAGUUGCAGUAUGAUGUUGCAGUGACUUUCAUGAUGGAUUUUUAAUUUUUGUUCGGCGUUGUUGUUGAUUUCACUGAGGUAACAUUAGGUCCAUUUUGUUGGGUUUCUAACAGGAUGAAAGCAUACAGAGCAGUAUUAAAUGCAGUUUUGAGAAAUCCGCUUCCACUCUAACCCUGAUCCUAAUCUAAAUACUCAGAAUGCAUUGCAAUGCAAAAGUUUGUUUUUGUUGUGUACAGGUGGUUGCUGUGGUGCUGCUGGUGGUGAUUGUGUUUCAUUAUCUAAUGAAAUGAAAUUAUUGGUCAUUGUGUGUGAAGACAGUCCACCACAAGGCCAGGCUUAAACACUGCUGAAGGUGUUAGCAAGCUGAGAAACUACAUGAACGACAGAGAAAGUGGAGGCAAAAUAUCCAAAAACAUGCAAGCCUGACAGCUGUGAGUACUGACAAUAGCCAUGUUUGGUGGCUCCAUUUAUCAUGUCAUUGUUGACAAUGACAUGUUGUUUGAUAACGUGUGAAGGAGACAGGAGGUAGUUGGAUAUGGUUAGUGAUGACAAAAAUGUGCUGCACUUUCACAGUCAGAUGAAGUUAAUUUUGGGUUGGAUAUUCAAAAGACUUUCACCCCGGAGUGUGGAAUAUCCAGCCUAAAUUCACUGCGGUGCUUGAACAGCGCUGAGCCGAAGAACAGGUUGUUGCUGCACCAUUGAGAACAGACUCGUUCAACAGCUAAACCAGUUUCUCAAAGCACGCACUGACAGCAGUGAACAGUAACUGCCGGACAGGGUAGACUUUUCAGACUGAGGUAUGUUUGUGAUGGCUGUUUUGCUUGUGUUUAUAUGACUGUGGCAUGUAACAGAGUUCACUCUUAUAUUUAUCAGUAAAAAAGGGAGAACUUGUAGAACACAGCCAACUCAUCACUCACAUAUCUCCUAAGUGGACAUACAGGCUGUGAAUGUAGUCAGGCAGUGAACAUUCAUGUGUUUCAAAUGAGCGGCUUUGGAGGGAUUCCUGAAGUGAGUGUGUAAAGAGCACAGAUACUUCCAAAAUCUAGCUGCUUUUACUUUUUUCCUGACUUCUCACUGGUACCGAUGUCCAAACUGCAGUAGAGGUUUUAUGGAGAGAUUACAUUUAUUGAUGACACCAGUGUGUACUAUUUAUAACAGUAUUUACUUCCCCUGAGUCGCCUGCUUUUCCUUUUUCUCUUCCUUUUGAGUGGUCAAGCAAAAACUAGCAUAAUUAAUUUUAUAGGAGGGUUUUGCAGCCAGAUCUGAUUUUAGCCCUCUUAUUUUUUUAAGAAAAGGAUUUAAGAAAUGUAUAUUCAGUGGCAGUUUCACUCUUGUAAAGCUUUGACUAAAAGUAAAAACAUGUUCAAGGAACUUAUUUUAGCAUAACCGAGCCACAGGAGCCCUGGAUUUUUUUUUAAGACAACAUAAAUACAAAAUAAGAAUAUUUCAAUUUAAGUUGGCAUUACUAAUACUAAUAAACAAUAAAGUGAGUACACUCAAUUAGCUUCACAGUAUGCGCUUAAAUAUAAACCAUAUUCACAUACAAUACUCCAAUAUUUAGAACACAGACCUACUAUUUAAGCCUUAUCAAAAACAUUUCAUUUGGACCAAAUGCAUGCAUUUUCUUUUUACAUUCUCUCACUGUGCACUGUUUAAACACUGACGUUAUCCAAGGUCCAACAACUGUACAGCUGUGCUCCACAGACUCAUUCAUUUGUUUCAAAUUUCCUUCAUUUUCUGGCUGGUUUUGUGGAGAUCAGGUUAGUCAUGGUUAAACGCUGUGCCUGGGACAUAUGUGAUGGUGAUACUCGUUACUCAGACUCAGAGAGGUUGGAAGGAGAUAUACAUUUCUUUUCAUUUGUUAAAUCAAUCAUUGAUCAGCACGUGUAUGCUAAUACUAGCAGCUGAAUGUAUACACAAGCUUAAUAAUGAUGUCAACAGUGAUCAUAUCCUGCCUUACAGGAACACUCCUUAUGGUAUUGUUAAAUGUGGGUUUACAUGGUUUUGUGGGUUUUUUGGCUUUGUGCAAAUAACUAAUAGGUGCAAAAAGUUUUAGAGACGAGGGCGCCUGCAGCAGGGGGCAGAGACCAAAAGCUGCGGUCAAGUUGGACAGUUUUAGGCAGCCUUCGAUCUGUACAGGAAGUCACAGAAGCACUCACAUCCUGUUAGAUAUUAAUUCAGUUUAUGAAAAUGUUAUAUCAGGCCCAUAUAUCAGUUUGUACACAGUCUUUAUUUUAAUUAGGACAGUUUAUUUCAAUUCAGUUCAAUUCAAUUUAUUUAUAUAGCACCAAAUUACAACAAAAGUUGUCUCAUGAUGCUUUCCAACUAGAGCAGGUCUAGACCAAUCUCUUUAAUUUGAUUUUUGGUAAAGAGAGACUCAACAAAAACCCCAUGAGCAAGCACUUGGUGACACUGACAAGGAAGAACUUUUAGAGGGCAGAAACCUCAGAGGAGACCCGGCUCUAUGUGGGCAGCCAUCUGCCUUGACCGGUUGAGUUGAAAGAGAGGAGGGAGAGAGACAGAGAGAGAGACAGAGAGAGAGACAGGAAGAGAGGGGGGGCACAGACAGAGAUGCUUUGCAACAGGGAAAAUAACACAGUAUUGGAACAACAAAAAAACAGUAUACAACAAUAAUAAUAAUGAUAGUAGUAGUAGCAAUAGUAAUAGUAGUAAUAAUAAUAAUGCAGAAAUAUAACACAUGGUAAUAACAGUUGAUGGUGUCACACAAGACUCUGGGGAAGAAGUCAAGUUAGUUACAGGCACUGAUGGGACAUGAACGUGUGUGUAAGGAGAUGGAGAGGAGGGGAGAGAUGAUCAGUGCAUCAUGGGAGGUCCCCCAGCAGUCUAGGCCUAUAGCAGCACAACCAGCCUUUUAAGUAACCUGUUAAAAUACUGUACAGUUGAUGCGUGAUUUCUGUUCAUGGUUUAACAUGCAAUUCCCACAAAUUUAUGUAAAUAAGAAUCACAUCAGUUUAUAUAUGCUGUUAUAAAUCAGUUGAUCAGACCUGUCCUACAUAAAAAAAAUUAAAAACAUUAACAGUCAAAAUGGAGGACAGAAAUACAAGGCAAGGCAAUAACUUUUAGUGUUGAUCUGUCAGAUAUUUAGACUUAAGGAUUUUACAUCUAUACAGAGUAUUUUAAGAAUCCUCACAUUCCACUGACCUCAAGUUUUUGUGCUGCUAAUCACUUAAUUAAAUCAGUCCAGUGUACACACAACUAUGAUAUAUCAUCUGCAGAUUAUAAUGUGAAAAUCAAAAUCACAUUGGCUUAUCUUUCCACUGUUCCAACAAUCAGUAAGUUGGUGUGGUCCAAAUUAACCCUUAAAUCACCCAGGUAGAUGUGGAAAAUAUCAGCAGAGGAGUGAGAGCGAGGGUGUGAGAACGGAGGAAACAGUGUGCUGACCACCAUAUUUAACAUGAUAAAUUAAAUGUUUAUUUUUGACCAAAUCAGAGCUAGUGAUUGUUAAAAAAAAAAAAAAAAAUACCAAAGAUGGUAUUUAAAAAAAAAAAAAACCCAAAACAAAACAAAACAGAACAGAGUCCUCUGACUCAGUUGCAGGUAAUACUGUUUCACUUUCACAUUGUGAUCUGUAGGUUUUAAUUUCUACCUUUACCAAAAUAAAUAAAUAAAUAAAUGUUAUAGGCAAAUGUUAAUAUUAGGCUUUUAAGAUUGAUUUCAAGAGGAAGGGUGAAGAACAAACAUAUGAUGUUGGUGGUUGUUUGCUGCGUUGUUUGCUUUGCUCUGUUUUUUUUUUUUUUUUAGCCAUUGCAGAAAUUGUCACCUUUAUUUUUGUGCUGAUUCAUGUGUCAACAAUAUGUGACCAAGCACCUGUCAUCGGUUUCACUUCCCUUACCAGCAUGAAUGGAGCCCAUUACUGAAAAGACAUGACAGAAAAAGAAGAUGUGCAAGCAAAGCAAUGAAUUAACAUAUAUGUGAAAAUGAUGAUAACCGCUCUACCAAGAGGAACUAGUUCUCGCUGAAAAUGCCUUUAUCAAUCACUUUUACCCGCAAUCACACUCAACAAAGAAGGAGCCAUGGAAUCAGCUACCGUCUGCAUAUUGCCUUCUGACCUCAUAAUGACACUUCAAACAUCUGAUCAAGCGAAAUCAGUCAAUCAGUCAAUCAGUCAAUCAGUCAAUCAGUCAAUAAAUCAAUUGGACCCUAUACUAUGGCAGUUGAGCCUCCACCCCAAAAGACAGAAUAAUUAAAACUGCUUAAUUAAUCAAAACAGACUCACCAGUUAGCAUUGUCUGAACACAAUCCAAUUCUUCAAUUUAUCUCUGAUUUGACCUUAAUUCAACCUGCCAUGCUGCCUCGCACAAACCGACCCUUCCUCUCUCCCAUAUCUCUGCUCUCAAAGUGCUGCUCUCAAACAUUCUUAUUCUUCUUGGUUUUAGUGGUUUCAGUCUGGUAUAUGAACUAUAGUUUACACAGCAUUUUCUUACCACUACCACUACGAUAUUUCUUUAUUUUGGCAGUGUAAUGUGAUUUAGUCUGAUAUUAUCAUUAAUUUGUAGUGCAUGUGACAAAUAACUGCACUUUAAAACUUGAACUUGCCAAGUUAAAUAUACAGAUGAACCAACAAGGCGAAAAGGAGGCUAGGCUAAAUUUUAUGUUUUCAUGUGUGAUUAUUAACUACUCUGGAGGGAUACAUAAGCAUCUGUAACAAUCCAACAGUAGGACUAGACUAAAUUAGGCUUGCCCAGUAUUCAUGGAAACAACCCAUACAAUUGACCAAAUAUAUGCAAAAGGUUGACCGAUUAAUAUGAACACAAAAUGAGGCCGCAUAGUAGCUGUGACACAGUGAAGUAAAAUCUACAUUAAACUAGAAAGCUCACUAAGGAUGCUGAGAAUAAUUUUGUUAAUUGGAACCAGUAACAGAAACUUUACUGUCAUGUAAUCCCUGUGGCACAUCUGCAAGCGGAUCCCUGCAAGGCCUUAAUCAAAUUCAUUACUUCUGUUUAUCAAAAAUUAUGUGUUGCGGGUGCAACCAAAGAGAGUCUUGUGUAGAUGAAUAUCAGUUGAAGAAAACGUUAUGUCUAUACAUGUAUAUGGUAAUUACUAAUGGCAUAUAUCUAGGUUCUUUUAUUAUUAUUUGUUUACCCAGAGGCCAAAAUAACCCUUAUAUUUGUGUGGUAUGCUGAAACCAUAUACAUUACAAAUCUACAAAAUGUUUUGUGCAAGCAAUAAUCGAUUGUACAGAAUAAUGUCAUUUCUCAGUCAUGUUACAUGUAGGGAUGCAUGAGUACAUUGGUAAUACAUCAGUAUUAACUGAUCAAAGCUUUAAAAUAAAAUAUUGGCAUCAGCCCAAAAUCAGUGUUAAUGCUUGUAGACUUGCACUUGAGCUAAUAAAGGCAUAUGGGAUGACAGAGCCCCAAUAAAAUUGAUUCACUGUCUGCUCAUGAACACUCUAAUGCAUAGACCAGACCCUGAGAAUAUAGGCAAUGUCCCAAAACAGCACCCUGAGUCAUUACUUUUUCAAAAAGAAAAGAAAAAAAACAAAGUGAUCAGCUUGAAUACAUUUACAGCCAAACGGGUUCAUUGAAUCUGCUUCCUUAAGCAACUGAAGACCAUCUAAAUGAUUGCUUGCUCAGUGAUACAGGCUGCCAAAGUUUUGUCAUGCUCAGACAGACAAUUAAAUUAAGUUUUUGUAAGUAAUUGAAGUUUUGGAUCUAAUUCCUACCUGCAGCUUACCCUGCAGACUCCAAGUUAUGGAAAGACUGGAGUUAAAAUAUGUAGACAACAAGAGUAAGUGAUCAAAAAAAGACUGUAAGACUGUGACACUGCUUUUAAGAGUCACCUCUUAAAUCUGCAUGUCAAAACAUGCUCCGAAAUGACAAGAGAUAAAAUUGCAGCAGAUGGAUAGAUCUCUUUUUAAAAUCACUGAGCUAAAAUGCUGUCCCCACAUAUUAUUUAAUUAUGAUCAAAGAAAGAUGGACCUCAUGAUUAAAAUAGAACUAAUGACUGUGCUUAGCUUAAAACGGGAUGCGAUGCUGUGCUUAAGAUGAUAAAAUCUAACAAUAAUUGGCAUACAUGACCCAGACUAAAGUCAGUGAGCUGGAACCAGCAUUCAUUGCACAAUAAAAUAUGUAUUUAAUUGGUUUUAAUAAUUAAUACCCUUACCCUCAUUAAUACCCUUACCCUCAUGAUACCGUUAAUUGGUGUCAGGAAAUAUAGCAAUUACUUUCUUUUAAAGAAGUAAUUGUAACGUUGGGAAAUGCUCUUAUUUGUUUUCUUGACAUAAGUUGAAUGGGAAAAUUAAUUCCACUUUCAUACCUGUUCACUUAAAAAAGUUGCAGCCAGAAACUGUUUAGUUUGGCUUAGCGAAAAGACAGGAAGCAGGGGAAACAAUUAGCCCAGCUAUGUCCAAACACAAUCAGCACCACUCAGCUCACUAAUUAAAAAGUUACAGUUUCUUUAUUUAGUUAAUAAACCAAAGUUUUAAAAUGAUAAGUUGUCAUUUUACAGGGGACUAUUUUUUGGCCAUGAGUAGUGACUUUCCUGAAGCCUUGUCACAUGUUCUGUAAGUAUUGAGCAGUUGAAAAUUUAACUUGCUAGUGUUUUCUAAUGGACCAAAUAUGUAAUAUCGACUCUUUCCUCAAACAUAUCUUUGGCAUUGCAUGUCCAUUACUCACUACGCUGAUAUGGAUUCAUCCAUUUGGGAGUUUGUUACAUUUAACACCCUUCUCGAAAUGUAUCUGGACACUUAUUACACGAAGAUCAAAAACCGCACGUACACACACACACUGUUAAUGUGAGCAAAACUAUUGCUGCAGGGAGCUGCAGAAAGCAAAGUCCCUCCCCUCAGGUUUAUGACUCCUUUUUAGUGAGAGAGUGAGUGAGAGAGUAGCGAUGUAGAGGAGAAGUGAUGCACUGGUACCCAGUCCUAGGCAGAGCUUGAACAACAUGGUGAGGAUUAAAUGUCCAACAUACUUUAAUGAGCACUUCAGGACCACUCGUUGUUUCAUUGCGGCAAUAAGAAAAGAGUACAGUUCUUUCAGCUAGAGAACAUACAUAAUGGAAGGUGUUUUUUCUGAAGCAAACCCAAAGUGGAGGCUAGAAGAUUCAACUACCAGCUUUCUUCUUUUACAGUCUGAGUAAAGGUAAGCCUGACCUGUGAACAGUCAUAAUGUCUUCCUCUCCUGGUAUCAAGCCUCGGGAGCAUGUGGACAUGAUGUACAUCUCCAUUGAGACAGCUAUUGCCCUGGCCUCCGUGCUGGGGAAUGUGCUGGUGGUGCUGGCUGUGUGUGUGAACCGGGCUCUCCGCAACACCACCUUCUGCUUCAUCGUAUCUCUGGCUGUGGCUGACAUCGCUGUGGGGGUUCUAGUCAUCCCUCUGGCUAUCAUCAUCAGUCUGGGAUUCAGCACUCAGUUCUACACCUGCCUCUUCCUCUCUUGUCUACUAUUGAUCAUCACCCAGAGCUCCAUCCUUUCCCUGCUGGCCAUUGCCAUCGACCGAUAUUUGCGAGUUAAGAUUCCCACCAGGUACAGCACCAUUGUGACCCAGAGGAGAGCAUAUGUGGGAGUUUGUCUGUGUUGGAUCCUCUCUUUCCUCACUGGAUUGGUUCCGAUGAUUGGAUGGAAUAACCAUGAUGCUCAAAGGAAUAUCAGCAUUUCCAGCAACAUUGUCUGUGAAUUCACCACUGUCAUGAGGAUGGACUACAUGGUGUACUUCAAUUUCUUCGGCUGGGUGGUGCUGCCACUGUCUAUAAUGGUUGCUCUGUAUGGGGAAAUCUUUAGGGUGAUCCGACGACAGCUUAACCGGCGUGCUGAAGCCUGCUGUGAUAGAGACAGAUACUAUCAGAAGGAGCUGAAGCUGGCAAAAUCUCUGGCGUUGGUGGUCUUCCUCUUCAUUGUCUGUUGGCUGCCAAUACACAUCAUGAACUGCAUUACCUUCUUCUGCCCAAAGUGUGAUGUACCCAAGUUUGCUGUGUAUGUAGGCAUUUUUAUGUCCCAUGUGAACUCAGCACUCAACCCAAUGGUUUAUGCAUUCAGGAUAAAGCGCUUCCGUGUCACGCUGAUCCAGAUUGCUCACCGCUGCAUGUUGUGUAAAUCCAGGGAGCCCACUCCAUGCCCCACCAACACACCAGCCCUGACAGAGAAAGCGGAUGUAAACAUGUAACAAGUGCUGCAUACUCCUGUAGACAUGGUUUAAGUGAGAUAGUCAUGGGACUGUGUGAUGUUUGGAAUAUCAUCCCAGGAGCAUGCACAACAAAGCACUUCACUGAGUCAUGUGACACAAUCAGUUCUGACCAAUUCAUAUUUAUUUGUAAGUUUUUAAGAAAGUAAGUGUGCAUUCAAAAAGAAAUACUGUCCCUGUUAGCCUGCAUCAUUUUGUUUACACUUAAUGCUUCCUCAAAUGAUUCACAUUGAAUUAUGAUAAAAUUAUAAUUAUGUAUUAUUUAAAUAAUAGUAUGUAUGUCAGCAAUUUAAGUGAUGCAACAAACAUUUAAUGUUCAAAAGACUUGAUGGUAGAUUCACCAGAAUAAACAUUCAUAGCCUCUUCAUUUAAUAUGUUGAUGUAACAUAUUAUUUCAUAUUUAUAACAUAUAUAAUAUAUAAUAUAAUAUAUUAGCAUGCUCACAAUGACAAUACUGUCAAAGGAUCCAGUAUGGUUCAACACAAGGAAAACACGAAGACUUGUACCAAAUUUCAAGGCAACAAAUCCUGGAGGUGUUGCAAUAUUUCACUGAAUUAGUGAAAGCUUUGACCUGCUGGUGGGGCUAGAAGAAAAAUGAGGGGAUUACCAUAACCAUUAGGAUUCAGUCACUGGGCCCAUAAAUAUCUCUGAGUAUCUGAGUAGUAGUUACAUAAAGAAAAGCAGAAGAGUCAGAAUGGGAGGAUUUAUGGAGUAAGAUCAAUAAAGAGCACAGUGUGUUCUGAAAUUUUAUGUUUCACAGAAAACCAUUCACAGUAAGUGACCCCUCCUGGAAAGAAAAUGAACAAAGUCACUAAAGCAAAUGAAACAAAACAUUCUUUAUCACAGGAUGCAGACACCUCUUCAGCUAAUUCAGCUAGUUUAAGCCAUAUUUCAAUAGCUGCGACAGAGUGUUGAAAAGGCUCUGAGGCAUUUGAGUAAAUUACCCACAGAGCAUUAUAUGCUGAAGUGAUUUAUUCCAAAUCUAAAGCUAAAGCUGCAGCUAAAGCUGUGUCACUUCUGCUUUGUCAUCAGUUUGACUUCUGUUUCAGUCAAUAUCACACUGCUUCCACUCACACAACUUAAUACAUUGUACAUGUUUACAUGCACCUACCUGACAUGUAGGUUUCGUGUGCAUACUUCAGUGAGGUUCACAGAGAUGUUUUUUUUUUCUUUUUCAAAUUUAUCACCUGACUGAUUGUGACCACCUCAAACUUAGUGAUUGAACAGUUUCACAAGAACAAAACUGUCACACUCUAUCUGUCUCUGUCCGUCCCUCCCUCACAAACAUACCAAUACGUAUUUUACCAUCUGUCACCUUCAUCCUUGUCAAGGGAUUUGAAACUGCUGAGUGUGGUCUAAUCCCCAGCCCUCGUCUUAGUGAGGGAGGUGCUGCAUAACCGCCCUGGCAUUUACAGACUUCGCACCACACACUCCUGUGGCUGGUGGCCUGCUGAGUACUGAAGGGACACAAGCAUGAUGUAGGUGUGGAGACAAAAAGCCAUCAUUCUCCCUUUUCUGUGUGCAUCUUAUCUCCAUCCUAGGUUAAUCUUCUGUGAGGUAAGACCCUUCACGGUCAUCCUAAAAAAGCUGCAACAAAGAUUUAGAGCCUCAUAUGAGACACUGUACUUCUCGUAAUUCUACAUACUUUUUGAUAUUUAAUAUUAUCAGACAACUGAAGAAAACUUUAAUUUGCAGAAUCAAAGCACUGUAUAAUGGCUGAAACGGAGGGAGCAGAGGGUGGCCGAGACUUGGAGGCUCCUGAGGAAGAGCUGGACGGCGAACAGGAAGCCUUGUUGCACUUUGGUAAAUACAGUGAAGGUCGGCGUGCGCUACCUUGGGAGCAGUGGACCUUCAGAGAAAAGGCAAACUUUUAUAUCGACCGCAUCUUCCUUGGGUUCUUAAUCAUAUUCCUCAUCUUGUUAUUGGGAGAAUGUGUCUAUAAAAUGUGGUAUGUAACAGACGUGAAGAAGGUGGCAGCAUUUGUGUCAGAUUCAGUGGUCUUUCUGUUCAACUGGCUCUCCACCCAGGACAGAAAGGAGGAGCUGCUGGAACUGUAGGCUGUUAAUACACUUGAUGGCAUUUUUUACAGAGUUGUAGGCACGUGUGAUAUGACAAAAGUCUGAAAAGAAUCAAUUUAUCUUGACUGAAGAUACAGUAAUGUAUUAAUGAUUUCUGAACUUUAUUUUUGACAA